AUGCGUGCUCCCGUUCCGGUUGGUAUUCCUUUUGCGGUUCCGAUGACCAUCCAGCGGUCAGUUCCACCUCCGGUUCCACAGGUAACUUCAUCGUCUGGGUCGUCGAUCGAAUACGAUAGCGGAGUCGCCUUGAUGGACACAUCCGAUCCCUCACUUGCGGUUGACUAUACUGAUACACUGAAUACGGCUUUCUAUGAUCCUGACUCACAAUCUGUAAUUCUUCACAAAGAACCUGAACAACGCUACUCGAACACGUAA